AUGAUUCUCACUGGUUCACCUUGGAUACAAUUUAAGGCUAAAGCUCUGAACUCUUAUACACAGCGCGUGAGGCCGUGGCGUAGUGAGACCAGUCCUCCUGAACAUGGGCGGCGUCCACCUCCUACCUCCUCAGCCAAAGAACCCAAGAACCAGCCAGAAGUACCCAAGAACACCCAAGAACCCGCCAGAAGUACCCAAGAACACCCAAGAACCAGCCAGAAGUACCCAAGAACACCCAAGAACCAGCCAGAAGUACCCAAGAACACCCAAGAACCAGCCAAAAAGACCCAAGAACACCCAAGAACCCGUCAGAAGUACCCAAGAACCCGCCAGAACCCAGCAGAAGCACCUAAGAACCCGUCAGAAGUACCAAGAACACCCAAGAACCCGUCAGAAGUACCCAAGAACCCAUCAGAAGUACCUAAGAACCCAUCAGAAGUACCCAAGAACCCGUCAGAUGUACCCAAGAACCCAGCAGAAGCACCUAAGAACCCAUCAGAAGUACCCAAGAACACCCAAGAACCCGCCAGAAGGACCCAAUAA